GCCAGAACUAGCACUAAGAACCUGCAAAUUGUUGCAGCACUAAGAACUCUGCAUUGUUGCCCAUGUGGCAAGGUACAAAGCCUGUGAGUUACAGCAUUCCCAGGGUAGCAAAUGCUUCCUGGACUUCCAAUGCACCCAUGCAGGCCAUUGGCUUUAGAAAUGUAAUAAAAGACUUCCUUUUCUGACUUCACCUGGGCAACAACAAUAUCCCCUGGCUUUUGAUGUUUGGGAAUGAGCCUGAGGGUGAGGAUUGCAUCCCUCCUCCUUUAUGUGUACAACUUUCAGUAUGGGCCUACAUGUCCAAAUGCAAACACAGGUUUUAUUUACAUAUGUACCACCCUUUCAUAAAACAUCAGGGCGGUGUACAGAAUUGUAAAAACAUUUUUAAAACCAAUAAAAGCAGCACAAAACAAUCAUUAAAAAGACUGGCUACUCAAGAAAGUUUAAUCUGCUGCAUAGGCCUGUCCACAUAAUAAAAAAUCUUAAGAGAUGUCUGCCAAAUGUCUCUUUGAAGCAUGUUCCACAACAUGGGAUCAGCAAUACUAAAUUCCCAACUUCUGGUUGGGGCCAGUGUAAUAAUUGGGUUGUAUUCAACUACGUCCCAGGCAGAAUGCACCCACUGAAAAGAAUAAACUUGUUAAUUCAUUUCAAUGAGUCUACUGUGAAAUUACUUGGGCUGCAUUCAGACAGCACUUUAUUCCAUUUUUCCAACAUUUACUUACCUGACGAUUUCUGCAUUUUAUCUUAUCUUAUCUUUCACAUGAUGCUAAAGUCACAUUUGGAAAUCUAGUGGGAUCUAAUGGAAUUAGCACUCAUUUCUAUGUUAAAAAAAUCUGUUUGCAGCCCCGUUAACCUGGGACAUAGUAGGAGUUUUGUGUGGCAAUGUUCACCACCAUUCAUGUGAUGAAAUGGAGUGGUUUAUGCCACACAAUACAGAUUUUUAUAACUUUAGCAUGAAAAAUUAUUGUCUUACAUGACAAGAUAAAUCAUGCAUACAAAACAUGGAUCCAACUCUGAAAUAAAGUUGAGCAAAUGGAUGAAGGCGCUGAAGACACCAGGCACCAUUUAAUCCAGGUCUGAUGUUUACAACAGCAUUCUUCCAAAGAAUACAUGCAUAGUCUCAGCAUAUAACAACACACUCCUAUGCACAAUUAGAAGUACAUCCUAUUAAGUUCACUGGGGAAUACUUACAAGUAAAUAUGCAUAGGUUUGUGCUGCAAAUCUCUGAACAUUAUUUGUUGCUUAAUGCUGUGAGCAUGUUGAGAGUGUAUCUUCCACUCACUUCACACAUCAGGAGUUUGGGCAUGGCUGGCUAAUCUUACACCCCUUAGAGAUUCUGAAUAUUAAGCAGUAUAGAAACACCUACAAUAAAUAAAUAAUAGCCUAUGGCUCCCCAGAUGUUGCUGGGCUCCCAUCAAUCUCACAAACACGGCCUCAGGGGCAAUUGUAUUUGUAAUUUAUAUAUUUAUAAUUCAUUUGGUUUUUCAAAUUACAGUUUUACGAUCACAUAUCCAACAUACAAGAGAAAGGCAAGAUUCCAUAGAAUCUCCUGGACUUCCCUCCUCCCCUUUGCGGGUCCUAUUGUUAAUCAUUUCCUCCUGCAUCUUUUACAAUAACCCAAAUCUUCAUUUAUAUUAUAUCCAAAAUCCACCAUCAAACUACAAGCGUCUAACCCUACUCACAAUUUUAACUGUUUACAGUAGUUUUUAAGCUAAAUUAGUCAAUUGGGCAAUUGUAAUUCAGGAACGUUCGGAGGGCCAUAGGUUAUGGCGCGCGCCCCCAUAACCUAAAUGAGCAAGCUCAGCGCAAGGCAGAUGGAGAGCCGCCUUGGUGCCUCUGAGCAUAAGCAGAGCGCCCGCCCUGCUUUGCGCGCGUGCCAGUAAAGAGGAUAAAGCGUAUGAUGUUGUUGUUGUUGCUGCUGUCAUCCCGCGUGGUGUUCAUGACAUAUGCCGUCCGUUUCGUCCAGCCUGGAGGGGAUAAUCGCGGCUGCCCAGUUCCUUCCCCUCCAUCCCACCGGAGGCGGCGGCUCCUCCUCUCCGGCAGGCGGAGCCGGGAUGGGCCGGCGCGAGGAUAUGAUGUCAAGGCCGGAGCCGGGGCUGGGAUGUAUGGUGGGGGACCGGCUCGGAUGCGAGGAGCCGGAGAGCGGCUGAGGCGAGAGAGAAGACGCGAGGCGCGGAGGCAGCUUCGGCCUGCUGGGCGCGUGAGGAGGAGGAGGAGGAGGAGCGGAGAAAGGCCGCCUUGGCCUGGCGGAGUCAGGCCCCUGAGGAGAGAAGGAAAAGGCGCGAAGGGAGAAGAGGAGGCGGCGGCGGCAUCGGCGACCACCACCACCCCUUAACUCCUGCUGCUAAGAAUUGGGCUCUGUCCGGUUGGGGACGCCGCGAUGUCGAGCGGGGCGGCGGGCAGCGCCGUGUCGGACCCCCAGCACCCGGCCCGGCUCCUGAGGGCGCUGAGCUCCUUCCGCGAGGAGGGCCGCUUCUGCGACGCCCAUCUGGUGCUGGAGGGCGAGGAGAUCCCCGUGCAGACCAACAUCCUGGCGGCCGCCAGCCCUUACAUCAGGUGAGGCACGGCCUCGUCCUUGGAUCUUACUUAACCCCACGAGCAUGUGCAGAGUGCACCAGGCGGGUGUGUUUGGAGGGGAGAGCAUUUCCUGGCUGUACAUGCGCAACACACGCGUAUUAUUGUUGUCGUUGUUACCACCAUCUCCGAAUUAGCUGGCAAGCUCGGCUCGAGGCAGUGCGGUGUAGCGGUUAGAGCGGCCGCCUAAAAUUGGGGGCGGGGGGGCGGCACCCGGGUCCAGAUCCAGAUCCCCAUUUGGCCGCGAAGCACCGCGGGUGACAUUGGAGCAGUCAGCCGAAGCUACCUCACAAGGUGGUGAGGAUAAAUUUUGGGAGAGGUUAACUAUGUAGGCCGCAGUGAGCUCCUUGGAGGAAAGGUUAGGAUGUAAACACAAUAAAUAUGAAAGUCUGCUCAGUAAGGAACUUGAGCCCUAGGAGUCCGUGGUCCUGCUCUCUGUCAGCAACAGGGGGUGGUGAGAUGUCUCUGGGAACCUGACAGGUAGCACCUGUUAUUUAAAAAACACGGUUUGUUUUAAGAAUCAAACAGUUGGUUUGUUGGACCAGGACUUCCAAUUGUAGCUUAAGGCAAUACUUGCUAAGGACAGGAGGAGAGCCUUGCUGGAUGAAACCAGCAUAUCAAGCACAGCAUUUCCAACCGUAACAACCAGAGGCUUCUGGAAACGUGACCUGCAAGUCCUGAUCUUUCUAGCAGGAUUCAUCAUGGUUUCUUAAAAUGUGUUGCUGCUUGUGAGCUUCGCAGAGGCAUGUAGCUUCUUGACCACCGUUGACAACAGCUUUCAGUUAGUUGCCUUGGAAAUUCAAAAGUAGGUGAUGAUAGUGAUGGCCAUCUCUAAUAUUUUUUGUGUGUGUGUAUGCCGAGAACAUACUUUUUAUGAAAAAAUGGAGGUCUCAUUUAGAUAUGAUUGGUAUACAGUGGUACCUCAGGUUAAGAACUUAAUUCAUUCCGGAGGUCCGUUCUUAACCUGAAACUGUUCUUAACCUGAGGUACCACUUUAGCCGCCAUGCGAUUUCUGUUCUCAUCCUGAAGCAAAGUUCUUAACCUGGGGUAAUAUUUCUGGGUUAGUGGUGUCUGUAACCUGAAGCAUCUGUAACCUGAAGCGUCUGUAACCCGAGGUACCACUGAUGAAUUAUUCUCUAUUCUGAUGAAUUGCAACCUCCACAAACACAUCUUCAGGAUUGAAGAACUAAGACUCCCAAGAUGGCUUGAACCCCAUCACUCCUUAUUAAAUGCUGUGUGCCAUGUCUGAGCUCAAUAUCUUUUGACAGAACAAAGACUUAUUCUUGAAACUGUGUUGCCAGCUUUUAAAAAAACAAAACAAAACAAAAACUGCUACUGUUUAUGACAGACAGAAAGUGUUUCCUGGCUUGUUUUCCCUUAAGCAUGCAUUUAAAAGGUGGAAUAUUUUUUUAAACUUUCUUAACCACUCUGGAUAGUUAAUGCUCCUUACAGAUAUGCAGACCAUAUUUAGUAAUCUUGGGAUGUACACUUAGUUAAUCCUUUACAAGUCCCCACAAUACUGGAGUUCCAUUAGAGAGAACCUUUAUUUGAUAUAUGAAUGCUGCAGCUGCAUGCCAGAGAAUUAAUGAAAACGGGGCGUGGGUUGUUACCUCCUUCCAUUGUAAAACAUAGGAAGCUGCCUUAGACAGACCAUAGGUUUAUCUGGCUCAAUACUGUCUACAUUGACUGGCAGCAACUCCAUUGGGUUUCAAGCUGAAGAUGCUCUUCCAUUGAGUCACAGUGCUUUGCAAAAGAACUAAAGUGAGACCUGCAGUUCCUAAAUUUUCUCUCUCAUCCAGACACUGACCAGGCCCAGACCUGCUUAGUUUCAGCAAACAUACUGCUCAGUCUCCCUCCAUACUAUGCCCAGGGACCAUGGUUUAUGGGAAAGUAGAUAAGAGUAUAUGAAUGAUUAAAACAGCAAAAGGAGCUGUCUGUAACAGGAACAAGACUAUUAACUAGCCACCACAUUAUGGAUUCAGAUCUUUCUCAUUAUUAGCUUUCAUGGGUUUUCUCAUUUCUUGUUGACCCAGUUGGUUAGCUAACAACCUAGCUGCUCACUCCCUUUUCUCUUUUUCUCUCUCCGGCCCUGCCCUGGCCUGCUGUUUUCCUCUCAUCCACACAUUUCCUCAACAAUAGAAAGAGAAUAAAUUAAAAAGUGCAGACAAAGUCCUGACUUUUAAUAAAACACCAAAUAGGUCCAUACACAGACACACAGAGUUGUAUAGCUCAGCGCUGUCAUUUUGACCCCAUCUUGUAUUGCAUGCCCUUUAAAAAUUUCUGAGCUACUUUAAAGCACAUUAAUCUCAUUGUGCUGUAAACAGGAGAAAGCAUGUAGCUGUACUUUAUGAUUCAGAAAGGGAGGCAGAAGCCUAGACUUGGACCAAUUCCACAGGUGUGUAGCUUCUGGGGGUGAGUGCUUGCCAUAGUCAGGAGGUUAUUGCCAAAUUCACGCUCCCAAGCCACUUAUGCUUCCUUUCGCUAGAAAGGAAUACAGGAAGUAUCAUUUCUUUGUUUAGCAACAUUACUUAUUGACAUCACUGUCAUCAAUCCCUGUUUGAUGUGAUAAACAGAUUCUUGCAAAAAUCAAAAGUGGCAGUUUUCAUGGUGAGGGGUGGUUUUGAAAUUAUUGGUUAGCAACUAACUGAAAGGCAGCCACCUGGGGGAUUCAUGCUUUGUGUGCUAAAAAGUUAUUUCAUGUACCGGUAUAUAGAACUGACAUUAUUAAGACUGACAAUAAAUAGUAGAGAUGGGAGUUUCACAAUUUGUUACAUAUAUCUUGCAAAUGCACUACUUAUGCAUAAGGCUAAAGUUGCUGUCUUUAUAAUGUUAACUAUGUACUUCCUGUGCUUCAUUAUAAAUAUAUGCUUUAAAUAUGCUUUAAAUAAAACAACACACACCUGUCUAAAAGCUGACUGGACAUUUUAACUUUAAAAUGAUAUCCUUCAUUAUAAUAUGCAACUUGGUGUUUACACAAUACCGUGACACCCUUAGAGAGAGAGAGAGUGUGGUGCUUUGUUAUUUCCUUCUUGUGAUGAACUAAUAAAUAAGCUGCCUGACCCAGCAGGAAAGGCCUGUCCGCAACAUUUUCAGCAUUAGAUUGUUCUCUGCUCUCCCUACUUUGAUAAGUAGUUUCAGAUCAAAUGCAUGCUGAAUAUUUAAUCAUCACUCUUUGCAUAAUUUGCAUUGAAGCCACUUUGCCUCUUUUUGAAGUGUUAUGACAAAUAAGCUUUGUUAAAUAUUGGUAUUUUGACAACUGACAUUUCACCACAUAGUUUAUGGUUCUGGCAGCUUAUAGGGCAGUUACUAUCCUCCUUUAUUGGUUUAAGUGUAGAAAAAGAAGAAGCUUGCUUUAAAAUUAUUUAGAUUUGUUGCCAACACAUUUGAUGUCAUGUUAUGCUGAUUGCCAAUGAAUAUGCAGCCUACAUACUGAGCCCAUGUGCACAUUACCGAUAAUUCUGCCUCUAGUGCAUUCCCACUGCCAGUGUUUAAAGCUGUGUACAUAUGACAUCAGUCACAAUCCGUAUCUGUUUUGUAGAUUCUUGAGAAAUACUCCUGUUUGGUGCAUUUCCACUCAAACCAGCUGUUAAAUAGAGGUGUGUACAUUUGAGACAGCCAUUGUGCAUGCACAGAUGACAGCUUCAUGAAUUGGAGGUUGGGGUGUGUGUUGCAGGCAUGGAGAAAUAAAUGGGUAACGCACUAGGUGAAGACAUCCCUGCCCCCUCUCUGGUGUGUACAGCAGCAUGUCAGUGAGACUUGAAGUUAAGCAGGAGGAAACAACCUUGCUGCGUUUUAAAUGCUCUAAAAUGCACUAGUAUGCAACUAGUAUUAAACAGUAUUUGGGUGUCUUCUAAAGCCUCAGUUGCUAAUCCUUAACCACUGUGGUAGCAUGUAGUUUGAGUUCACUGGAGAAAUCAAAAACAUUAUGCCUAGCAUAGGCAGUCUUUUAAUUGACAGUAUUUUAGCAUCAGAUAGAAAUAAUCCGAUAAUGAAUUAUAACAAUAUAUAAAAACAUGUCUCUAUACAGUGGUACCUCGGGUUACAAAUGCUUCGGGUUACAAAUACUUCAGGUUACAAAGUCCGCUGAUCCAGAAGUAGUACCUUGGGUUGAGCACUUGGCCCCAUGAUGAGCACAGAAAUUGUGCAUCAGCGGUGCGGCGGCAACGGGAAGCCCCAUUAGCAAAAGCGUGCCUUGGGUUAAGAACAGUUUCGGGUUAAGAACAGACUCCAGAACGAAUUAAGUUCGUAACCAGAAGUACCACUGUAAUCUGUAUUGGUCCAGAAAACAUGAACAACUGGCUCAGAAACAUGAAAAGUUAGUUUAUCUAGUGGGACUUGUUCAGCUUUAGCCUUAGUGAGCUAAAGUAUUGAUGCCUACUGAAAUAAAGAGUUCUGUAGUUUUUUUUAUUGGCACAACAUACACAAUAGUUUUAGGGACAAUAAUAGGAACAACAAAUAAAAUAUUUGUAGAUGGUUGUAAGCACUGGUAUCCACAUUUGUUCCAGAGAAUUUGAGAAGGAUGAGUUAAGAUCUUUUUCAUUGAAUCAGUUAUUAUGGGUGCAGGAGUGUGCAAGUGUUUUUUAAUGCAUAGGGUUUGUUUUUUUUAAUUUGGAAUGGUAUCUGGAAAGGGAACAAAAGUGCAUAUUUUUAGUCAAACUGCAUGUUAGAUGAUGCUAGGUGUACAUUUUUAAGUGUUUUUAUCACUGCCUUUAGUUUUAAGAAAAGGAGCUGUUGGGGAACCUAAUCAGGAAUGCAAAGAAGAGCUUUCAACCCUGUUCCCCUCAGUGCCACACCUUUACAAAACCAUUCACCUCUGCUACUUCUCCUGAAGGUGCUUUCUGCUGCCUGUAGUAGUGGGGCUGGGCUGGGAUUUUCAGAUGGAAAUGGUGUGAGAGGAAAGGAUUAACCCCUUAUCAUGGGCUGCAGUCCCAGCCCAGAUCUAGGACCUGUGUAGCUACUUUUUCUAAAAAUAGGUGCUUACCAUAACAUGUAAUUUGACCUGCUGUAAAAAUGGAAAGUAGCUAAACUAAAGCAAAUUUCAUUGAACAGUAAAUAGUAUUUUGGCCUAGCAGAGGACCUAUUCCUUAAUUGUUUGUGGCUAACAGAAAUACAGCAUAUGAUUUAUUUAUUUUAAGUUUCACUUUACUGUACAUCAUUUAUAUUUACAAUGUCCUUUAAAGGCUCAAUGCAUCUUGAGUGCACUCAGGAACAGACUCCUUUGGAAGCUUGUAGUCUCUCCUUCCCUGGAGGUUUUUAAGCAGAGGUUGGAUUGCCAUCUGUCAUGGAUGUGUUAGUUGAGGUUCCUGCAUUGCAGGGGGUUGGACUAGAUGACCCUCAAGGUCCAUUCCAGAUCUACAGUUCUAUGAUUCUAUCUGCAAAGGACCCAGGCUAGGAGAAAACCUCUGCAUUUUCAAGUUAGUUCAGAGUUUUGUUUUCCCAUUUCAUAAAUAAGAUUUCUGAAUAGAUUAUAAAAAUUAGUGUUUUAUAGAUGUUACUAAAUUAUAAGGAAGGGGUCUAUUUAGAUGGUUAUUGUAUUCUGGUACAGCUGGUUUAAUAAAUAUAACUGUGCAUAAUUUAGAGAGUAUUUUUGCAGUGAAAUCCAUUAUGCAUAUUUGAAACCAAAACCAGGGUUUCCUAUUAAUGCAUCAGGAUUCUGUGUAAGGAAACUCUUCCUCCUGAAGAUAUGUUUUACAAUAGGGCAUUUUGCUAAAGUAUAUGUAAUGUGCCCCUAGACAUAAUGGGGAAAUGGAAAUGCUGAUGGAUGAAAAAUGAAUGUCAGCCCACAUGUCUAAUUAAGAAAGGGAGAGGCCAGAACCAGACAAAAAGCCUGUUGCCUGAAGCAAGGGGACAAGAAUGAGAAUUAAAAUUGCCUGAGAACAAAUCCCAGCUGCACAGUUGCUAGAAAUCAUAAGGACUUGCCAGAGAUAUGUCUGUACUUAUGAUACUGUAAUGGCUAGGUUUGCAAAGAUGCUGGUAAAAGAUGCAGAACAACAGUUUUCAAAUUCAGCUGGGAAGAAUUGACUGCUUUUAAUGAAAGGGCUGGUGCCAUGCUGCUUUUAUUGUAAUUAUUUGUAUGUUUUAAACAGAUUUUAUAUAUGUAUAUAGUUUUAAUUCUAUUAACGUUUAACUGUUUCAGUGAUUGGUUUUCUAUGUUCAUGGCAAUUCUUGUUGUUAUUUGUAAGAUGCCUUGAGUCCCGUCAGGGAAAAGGCUGGGUAUAAAUAAAUUAUUAUUAAUAAUAAUAACAGCAGUAAUAAGACAUUAUCAUUUUUAAUUGAAGCACUUGUUUAUACUGUUAGGCAUCCUGGGCAACACCCCUGAAUUUACUCCAACCUUGGAUUUGUUUACAUUUAAAUUUUUGAUUCAGAAACGGAAGUGAGUCAAAAGAGAAUCAAGAACAACUGGCAAUGACUUUUUUUAAAAGAACACCUUCUCUUCAUCCCAAGAUCCGUGAACUUUGGAAUGUGUGUUUGUUACUGUUUUUGAAAAAAACAAAGGGAAAGGUUGAUGUAGCUCGCAGUUUUGUAGAGAAGUAUGUGUACCUGUGAAUGACUUGGAAUAGUCAGCAAAAUGAUGUAUGGAUUACCGUAUUUUUCGCCCUAUAGGACGCACUUUUUCCCCUCCAAAAAUGAAGGGGAAAUGUGUGUGCGUCCUAUGGGGCGAAUGCAGGCUUUUGCUGAAGCCUGGAGAAUGAGAGGGGUCGGUGCGCACCGACCCCUCUCGCUCUCCAGGCUUCGCGGACCUCUCCGCAAGCAGCGGGAGAGCUCCCGCUGCUUGCGGAGAGGUGCCCGCAUGCCGAAGCCUGCGCGCGCGGAGAUCAGCGCGUCCAGGCUUCACGGACCUCUCUGCAAACAGCGGGAGCCAGCGCUGGGCUCCACGGCUUGCAGAGAGCUGCCUGUUUGGGGGCUGGGGUCGGGGAGCUUGGGCCUCCCGCCCCAGCCCGCGCCUGGGGGAAUAAUUGCCCCCCCUUUAUUCCCCCCCCCAAAAAAAACUAGGUGCGCCUUAUGGGACGGUGCGUCCUAUAGGGCGAAAAAUACGGUAGUCACCUGUGGAUUAAUGCUGGAUCUAGAUUGAGUAAGCAAUCAUUAAGGGGUUUUUUUUAUGGCUAUAACAGCCUCCCUUUGUAUCCAAGAUAAUAUGAUCAUAUCAUCCAACCCAAAAUAGCAGCCCUGGUUCAUAUGUUGCAGUAAGAAAGAAUUUGACUUACCAUGACUAUGCUAAUGUGUUGGCUCCCGGAGAGGAGCUCACACCAGCGUUGUUCCUCCCUGGAGUCUGACUCUAGGUCAGCACAAGACAACAGCUAAGCCCAAAGUUUGGCUUUAGUGUGCUGUCCAAAGUUGUGGGUUUUCUCUCCUGCUUAACCAUAGAACAAAUCUUGGCUACAGAUGAUGGUUAAGAAGGAGAGUUCAUCACCAUGAUCCUGGGUUCAGACAAUACUUGGGCUUAGUUGUUGUGUUAUGCUGGCCUAAAAAGCCCAGGGAGGGGUAAGACAAAUGUGAUCUCCUUUUCCAGAAUGAGCAUGUUUGUACUACUCCAUGGUUUGGCUUAGUGUGAAGGUACAAACACAGCCAGUGAGUAAGUCCCAGGUUCUAGUUUCAUCUCUACCACAAAUUCACUCUCCCAUGACCUCUGCUCCCUAUCUUCAAUAUGAGAAUACAGUGGUACCUCGGGUUACAUACGCUUCAGGUUACAUACGCUUCAGGUUACAGACUCCGCUAACCCAGAAAUAGUACUUAACCCGAGGUACCACUGUAAUAAUGCUAGCCUACCUUUUGUUGUGUAGUGGUAAUAGGGCUGGCCUGCCCAUGAGGCAGACUGAAGCAAUUGCAUUGGGCAGCAGAAUCCUGUGGGGUGGUGUCCCUCCCACCUCUGCUAGGGUUGUGCAGCGGCAGUGGUGGCUUCCAAUGAGAUCUCACAAGAGUUCCAUGAUUCUUGCCAGAAGCCACAGCUGUGUGACACCAGUAAGCAAGUCUUCGGCGGAGUGGGGGGCAUCUUUCCCUUUUUUCUCAGGCGGCAAAACAGAAUGGGCCACCCUGGGUGGUAAAAAUUACAAGAAACUAAUGUGUGUAGAGUGCUUUGAACAUUCAAAUGUGCUAUACAGAUGCUAAUUAUUAGUGCAGUGGUACCUCGGGUUAAGUACUUAAUUUGUUCUGGAGGUCUUUUCUUAACCUGAAACUGUUCUUAACCUGAAGCACCACUUUAGCUAAUGGGGCCUCCCGCUGCCGCUGCGCCGCCAACUCACGAUUUCUGUUCUCAUCCUGAAGCAAAGUUCUUAACCCGAGGUACUAUUUCUGGGUUAGCAGAGUCUGUAACCUGAAGUGUAUGUAACCCGAGGUACUACUGUAUUGCCAUACAUCCUAAAGGGGCAGGUAUGAGUUUAGUGGUUGGCAAGUAGAAUACAAUUCAAGCUAUUUUUAUCCUGUGUAAACUAUUCAGAUAGCCAAGAUAUAAUAAGAAUCAUUCUCUUUCAUUUUAUAAGACAUCUAGCCAUAUAUUAAAUCAGUGCUUCAAGUAUUCUGAGAAAAUGGAAAUAUGUUUGAUAUGACUUGGAUACACUGAGUGUGCCAGUGAGUUGGCAUAUUAGCAUAUCCAUAGAGAGCCUUGUCUGAGGGGUGGGUGGGUGACUUUCAGUUUUUUUCUUUUCUUUUUACUUGGCCUAUUUCUGUUAGGUGUGGGUCUGUAGAGCAGAGUAACAUGGGUUCCCACUGAUUUAUCGUGAGACUGUUUGGAUUACAAUUCUAAAUUCUAAAUAUAGUUUUAAUAUUUCUACAUCUUAAUGUAAUGUUUUUGUCCUGUUGUUAGCCCAAAAGGCUCAAAUGAUUCUUGAGUAAUUGUGCUGUAAACUUGUUAUUUCUGAUGUACAAAUGUCUUCCUAGAAGACUUCGUUAAAAACUACUAACAUAAAAGAACCAUAAAUAGAUCUAAAGUUGUUGCUAUCUGCUGUGGCUGAAAGAGGGUGUGGGCCUGCCUAUUCUGUCUCAGACUUCUUUCUUCUUUCUACUUGGCAUUGUCUGAUUUUUAUAGCAUUUUGAUUGGUUUUUAUUGAAGCUUGUGAGAAGACAGAUGACUAAAGCUCCUUAGUCAUUGCAUAAAUUUGGUGGUGUGCAUCACUUGGCUCCUAAUUUUAAUGACUGAGUGAGAUUUAAAUUCAGAUCUGGAGAUUAUGUAAGAACAUAACUGGGUGAGUAAUAAUGGUAGUCGUGCUGUUACUUUGAGUGUUUUUGGCUAAUGGAAGUGUUAGGCAACAUGGGUUAGCACAUUCCCUUCUGCCUUUAUAUGUGGAAUUACCAUUUCUGUUACAUCUUGGCAUACUAGGUUGUAUUUUGGUUUUUUAAUGUGAUUUGUAAGCUGUUGCAGUUUAAACUCCCAAAUAUCAUGUUUACUUUAAAAAAACUUAAUAGAUCAGAGGUUUUGUGUAGCGGUUUGUUUAAUGAACACAGACCCUUUUUAUUUGAGCUAGUUAUCCAAAUUUGCAUUAAUAUCUGAAAGAUAAACAUAUCUCCCCAUAUUUAUCCUUUAAAAGUUGGUGUGAUAGCUAAGAACAUUUGUUCAGGAAUACUUUUGAACAUAAACUUUUGUUCCUUGCUGGUCAGUGGCAGCCAUUUCAGAAAGAAACCAUGAAAGAGGGGGAGAUUGGACAAAUAACGGAUUAGAAAUGUUUCCACAAGAAAUAAUGGAAAUUGUCAGCUCGUUAUGUGAACACUCGCCUAAUGAAUGAUUUCCUGGGAAUUUCAUUGUGUUCAGAAAGGGAGACCUGCAUGUAAUAUAUACAGUUUCAGUUGUGAAAAAUGUCCAGGGUGGACCCUGAAAUUACAGCAUACAAAUUGAAGGAAUGUCAACUUAGGAAGGUGGUAGCUGAUCUCUCUUGUUUUAUCCUGCCCUGCUAGAAAAGCAGGUCUUGUUUUUGUUGUACAUUUAAUUGUGCAGAAUUCCUAGUCCCAUUUUCUUAUGACAUUGAAAGUGCAUUAGCUGCACUGAAUGUACCCCUUGGCCUUGAUUGAAAUUCUCUGUUGCUCUUAUCCUAAUUUGCUAUAACCAUAUUUUCAUGCUGUGAACACAACAGGUUUUCCAAGUUCAUGCCUUUAGUGUCUGCAAUAUGCAGGGGGCUCCAUGGCAAAGGAUUCUGGGGUUAGAUGAAUGUUGCAGGGUGGACAUUCAUUGAUACAUUGUAUUGAUACAUUGUCCAGGCCUACCCACCACCCACUCUUCCACCAUGCAGCCCAAAGCCUCCCAACAAAAACAUGGCAAGCCAAUGGCUUACACCGCCUAACAGACUUCUACAGAAAUGACAAACCCAUACCAGCACAAGAAAUACAAGAUAAACUAGGGGACACCCAAAUAUCCUGGUUGAACCAACACCAACUACACACCUCCUUAAAUAGCCCAGCAAUCAAAGCAGCAGGCACUAGACCUCUCACCACCUUUGAAAAACUCCUCCUGACAGCCGAGGGGCACAGCAAGUGGAUGGUGUCCACAAUGUACAAAAAACUACUCCAAGAUUCUACAAAGCUCCCCAACACAAUCAAAGACCAAUGGGAGCAUCCUAUAAGUUAUGAAAUAAACCCUACCCAAACUGUGGUCUAAACUACCCUUUUAAAUCCAUCUCAUCCAAAAGAAGGGAACUCAGUUUGAAACUAAUUUAUAAAUAGUACCUAAUAUCUGGGAAGCUGGCACUGAUACAUGCAGGAACUUCAGCUAUAUGCUGGAGAGAUUGUACCACCACAGGAACAUGCCUCCACAUGUGUUGGGAAUGCCUCCAAAUUCAACCCUUUGGAACAUCAGUCCUUCAAGAAACCUGUAAAAUAACAAAGCAGGUACUAGAAGCAACUCCAGAACUGCCCUUUUAAACAUUUUCCAAGGCAACAAUGCACACUCAGAUGACAAAGAGCUCAUAAGCCACUUACUCUCAGCAGCUAGGAGUGUCAUAACUAGACACUGGAGGGACAUGUGAGGAGUAAACAUGGACCACUGGUACCAAAUUGUAUGGGAAACAACCCUACUAGGAAAGCUAACCAACAAAUUGAAGCUAACCAGGGAACAAACAAAAGAGGAUGCCUUCACCCUGGUAUGUUGUUGUUGUUGUUGUUGUUGUUGUUUAGUCGUUUAGUAAGUAUUGGAGCCUCAGUUUCAGGAUCUGUCCUUCCAGUGAGCACUCAGGACUGAUUUCCUUAAGAAUGGAUAGGUUUGAUCUUCUUUCAGUCCAUGGGACUCUCCAGCACCAUAAUUCAAAAGCAUCAAUUCUUCGGCGAUCAGCCUUCUCACCCUGGUAUAGCUCAAACAAACAAAACCCACUGCAAUUGACUAAAUGCAACCAACUAAGCUGUGGAUUCUCCGGUCUCUCGCACCGCCUUCAAAGAAACAAACAGACAAAUGAAGGACCUAUCUUCACAAUGCUGACACAAAAACUGCACGUAUACUAAGCAAAAGAAUGAACGUUUAUCCCCUCCUUUUUUCUCCCCCCUCCGAUUAUUUCCACCUACAACCUCACAAUGUGUAUGACAGCAGUGUCUCACACUAACUGUAACUGACCUGUAGAAAGGACUCUGUGAAUUGAAAACGGAAACAUUGCAUGUACCCUUGUUAACUAUGGAAAUCCUUUAAUACAAACAUUUUUUUUAAAGGCUAUGUUGCUAAACUCUGCUACUAGUCCAGGCAGUGCCAGCUCUUAGUUUUGCAACAUUGUAAUUGAGAUAUUGAGACAUGGCCAGCUAUGUCAUCAUUAGCUUGCCUUUGGCCUAUUAAAUGCUACAAAUUGCAAACUUUAUAAUACAGUACCUUGUUUGACUUCACAAAUUCUGAAAGAUUAAAAAGCUGACUUUUCACCAGUUGAAAACCAAUUUUUUUUAUUCCUUAUUUUAAGAAUUUGUAAGCUGUUUAGUAUAAACUAUCUAAGCAAUGAACAAGAGUAUACAAAAAUACAUAAAAUAUAAUCAAUAAUGAAGCAGAAUGACAAAACAUAAUAAAAAUCCAUCAUAGAUGUUAUCAGCUGCAAACUAAAACAAUAAUUCAGCUUGGAAAGGGCGAAGUGGGGAGAAAAAAAGAUAAAUUCCAUAAUUCUGGUGACACCAUACUGAACACAUGGCACUGCCAGGAAGGCCUCACCAGCUGAGUGCAGAGACAAGUACCCUGGUUUUUAUACAGAGAUGCUGCAAGGAUUUAUUUUUAUUUCCUUUGAGUUCUGAGGUUGCUCAUCAUGUACAGAGCACCUGAAAACAAGUACGUAAGCAAAAUUUUUGGAAAAUUGCCACUCAGAGCAGGGUGUGGUGAAAGUUGAUAUCUUUAAUGUGCACUGCCAAAAGGCUAGGGUGUGACCUGGAACAGAAGGUGAGGGGAGACAGAAACCCUUGUUAAUUUGUUGAACAAAUCUUUAUGGGGAAGGGGUUUAACCUUAAAGUGCUGCAUCAUGUUGAUGUGGAAUAUAAUACUCCCUGAAACAUUUUCAUGAGCCAACGGCAGAAUUUACAGCAAGGAAGCAUUAUAGGUAUAAAAACAAUAAUGAUGGCUUGUCAUCUUUUAUAUAAUACAAUUAAGCAAUACUUCAUUAGGACUAACAUGGGGAUGUUUUCUGGCAGAUCACAAAUCUUCAUAGAAAUAAGUUAACCUAACUGUGUCUUGGUGCCGUCAGUUGAUACCAAAAGCUACCCAUAUAGACUUCAGCAGUAGAGAAAUCUGCAGUCAUUUACAUUGACUUGCAACAAAGGGCACCUGGUGGCUUUGGAUCUGUGUGUGUUAAUGUGGAUCUGCCCCCAUAAUAACUGAGGGGGUGAGAUAUAAAGUGCAAAAGGCUAACAUUGGCACAGAGUGCUCUUCACGCCCCUUCUUCAGCUCCCUCAAGGUGAUUUUCUGUGGACUUGGAUAAUUUCCUGUAUUCUUAGUUGUUGUUUUUUGGGGGGAGACCUUGGACAGUAGACGGAAGGCGAGGUAAAAGUGGCAUAAGUAGAGAAAGCUUAGCACCUCAAUCUUUGUGUUCCUUUUGUGGUUUCGAUUCCAUACCUGCCCAUUGUUUUACAUAUAAUUGAGGCAGGUUGUCAUUUAAAGCCGUGUAUCUUCUGUCAUCAAGUGUAGUUGGGCCCUGAACUUUGUCAUUAGUAAGAUAACACAUGAUACAGAGCAGGAUUGUUAAUUACCUCUUCCCUGUGGUAAAGGAGUUGGGUGUAUGUGUGCCUGAGACGCAAAUCAAACCGAGACUUCUCUUUAAAUUGCAACACCUAAACAGACCCUGAAGUGUUUCCAAAAGUGGCUAAUGCUGCCUUUGAAUAUAGGCAUGAGAUCUUCAUUCCAGGUCCUAUUUAUGCCUGUGUAAUGUGUUUACUGAAAAAGAUACCAUUCUUUUGUUCAACCUUAAGCAAUAGCAUUCUGCUGACUCAGUCAGUGUUUACUUGAGUGAUUUGUAAUAGAUUUGUAUAUCUGAUAUUACUAACAUUUUUACUUUGUGUUUUGAUAUCCUGCCUGGUAGCUGAUCUUUCCUUAAUGAGGAGAUGUAAUUUCAGAAGUAUAUAGCUUAUUCUUCCUAUAUGCAUACACACAGAGAGAUAGCUAAAGAGAGAGAUGCCUAAAGACACUUCACAGACCACCUGUAGCUCUGUGUUAUGCAAAUCCCACUUCGUGUUAUAUACAAACACUUAAGGUUAAAUAUUAAAGGUCAUUUUGAUGAUGAAUAAGACUUGUUAAACUUUCAGCAAAAUGAUUGCACGGGUUUAACUUUGUGACCAUGCCCUCUAUAAGCUUUCUGCUUGAAAUGGAAUGCAGGUCAUUACUUGUGAGUUGAUCUACUGGCCAGUAGGCAACCUAGCCUAUUGUUUAAAUUUGGAAACCUUCAAGUCAGUUUUACUCCUAAAAGAAAUGAAAUGGGAAUAAAUUAGGGGAAAACUCUUCCUGCUGUGUAUUUCUUUCUCCUUCCCAUUUUGUUUUUCUGAGCUGUUUUCAGUUGCCAUUGAAAGCUCAGAGAUGAUUACUUCAUUACUGCUGAGGCCUGUUGGCAUAAAACCUCAAAGGCCCUGCCAUUAGCUAUCUGAGAUUACACAUUGUGAUAAGAUGGAACUUGCAAUAUGACUGAGAGACAGUAUUGGACUGAAACCUGGGAGACUGGGGUUGUAACCGCCACUCAGCCUUGAAGCUCACUGCGUGACCUUGAGCCUGUCACUGCCUCUCAGCCUAUCCUACCACAUAGUGAGACAACACAUGUGCACCUUGAGUUCCAUGGAAGAGAGAUGAGAUCUGAAUGUAAUAAAAUGUGUGAAUGAAGGGCGUCUCCAGAUCAAAAAGGACAUGUGGGAAUGAGCAUUGAUUUGCUGGAUCAAAUUAAGGGCCAACUGAUUCACAAUGCCCCCCCCCCCCAGUUGCAGCCAGCAGCUCACAGACCUAAGGCUUCACAUGCCCCUAAUGGAUGGAUAAUAAUUUCUCAUUAUAGCAUAUAUCAAGAUUAUUCAAUGCAGGCUUUGCUAAGUAUGUUAUAUUCUUGUUCUGGCUAUCCCUUAUAUCUGCUCCAGUACAACUUAUGCCUUUCCCUAUUCCAGGCCUUUCGUUGUGGCUGGCAAAGUGUGGUCUCCCUUAGGCAUCCAGAUUAGUGUGUGGUCAUUAAUGAACGUUGUUUCCCAGGAAAUGUGUGAAUUGUUUUGCAACCUUAGGUUUAUAUCUGAUUGGAUUUGGAAAACUUUAUCUUUUUAUCACUUGAAAUAAUUCUGUACAAAUCCUGUGCUAUGAAUUGAGCAGAUUUAGGGAGUGUAUGCAUAGCAAAUAAGAAAUAAUGUGUUGAUCAAAAUUCCUGUUAAGAAAUCAGAGUUAGCUUCCUAUAUUUAACAGCUGGCACGAAAGAAUUUUAUGCUGUGCACUAAACAUCCACAGGCUGAUACCAUUAAGUGAUACUACAGACUUAAACAGCUGCUUUCUCCUUUUCUUAGUACCUCUGUUUAAUAGUGUGUGUUUAUAUGUAAUUGAAAAACCUAUUCUGAAAUCUGAGAAAUUUUCAUAUGUGACCUUCCUUUGUUUAUGUCUUGUUCUAAUCAUUUUGUAAAAACAGCUAUGUUUUCUGAUUUCAGAACAAAGCUGAACUAUAAUCCUCCAAAGGAUGAUGGCUCCACAUAUAAAAUUGAACUUGAAGGGAUAUCUGUUGAUAUUAUGAAAGAGAUUUUGGACUACAUCUUCAGUGGUCAGGUUUGUGUUUCCAAGGUUAUUCCUACAUAUCUCUGUAUGUCAGUUCUAGUCAUAAUCUACACCUUCAAAAAACCCUUUGAACAGAAUGGGCAGAAAGUAGAUUGAGGCAGGAAGUAUUAUCUGAGUGGCUGGUCAGAUCCCAGCCAAAGUAAAAAAAAUUCUCAUGCAAGUGCAGCUUGAGCUUGAGCUGCUCUAACAGAAAGAGUUCUUUUAUAUCGCCAGCUUCAGUCCAAGCUUUGGGCUUUGCUGAUACCAGUGGGGCUUCCUGCAAACUCCAUUCAGCAGAUCAGUGCUAAUAACAACCCCUGCUUUGGGCAGAGAUGAUCUGUGCUACAAAGUUCCUAAUUGCAGCUGAUCCCAAAUAACACAGCCAAUCCCAUGUGGUUUGCUUUCACUGCCAAUCAGCCACAUCGACAACAAGCCUCACUUGCAAUUAGGAGGACACUUCAAGGCUCCUGGUGGUUCCUCUGCUUCUGCCUCUCUCCCUGCACCACACCUAAUGUCAAAUAUGGUGGGUGUUGUUUGGGGAAAAUAGCCUUGCAGGCCAAAUUGCUACCCAAAUCAUCAGGCCUAAUUUGGUCCACAGGCCAGAGGUUCCAUACUCCUGAAGCAGACUUGUAGUGGAUUGCAGACCAGUUUCCCAUGGACUAUCUCAUCCCUGCUGCUUGCUGAGAUUCUUGCAAAGUUUGCUAAAUGGGGUGGAAGCUGGUCUGAUCCUUAAGUUAUUUAUUAAGAGGGCACAUUGCUUUGUUUUAACAGUUGAGAGAUUGUGAACAUGAUCUUACAUACAGUAAAAGCACAAGAAGACUGCUGGAUGAGACCACGGGUCCAACUAGUGCAACAUCUUGUUUCUCGUAGUGGCUAGCUAGAAGCUUUUAGGAAGUCCAAAUCCUGGGUGUGAAUGCAAAUGCCUUCUCAUGUUUCUUCCCCCGUGACUAGUAUGCAAAAGUAUACCACCUAUCAACCUGCAGGUUUCGUUUAGGUGUCAUGGUUAGUGACUUUUGACAGACAUAUCCUCCAUGAACAUUUCUGAGCCCUGUCUUAAAGCCAUGUAAGCAAGUGGCUCUCACCACAUAUUGCAGCAAGCAAAUUUUAGUAUUAUACUGAAGUCAUCCUACCUCUGACUCCAGAUGAUCACAGAUGAUCAAUGUGUAAAUGUGUGACAAGUGACACAGGCAGUAUACUGGAGGUGGAGGAAAGCAGGUACAUGGCAUAAGUCUGGCAUACACUUCUACUUCCCUCUCCAGUGCUGUGCUGUUAUCUUCUCACUAAAGUAGAGGCAAAACUCCACAAAGCUACGAAGGGGGAAGACAGUUAGUUGCAGUAAUGGACACUAGUGCUGCACUUUCAUACUUGAAACUGAACUAGUUGUAAUUUCCUCUCCUCCAAAAUAAACCUUUUGCAGAUCAAGCUAAGUGAAGACACCAUCCAGGACGUUGUGCAGGCUGCUGAUUUAUUGCUGCUUACAGACCUGAAAACUCUGUGCUGUGAGUUUCUGGAAGGCUGCAUUGCUGCAGAGAACUGUAUUGGAAUCCGGGACUUUGCACUACACUAUUGUCUGCGUCAUGUUCAUUAUCUUGCCUCCGAAUAUCUGGAAACACACUUCCGGGAUGUUAGCAGUACGGAGGAGUUUCUGGAACUGAGUCCUCAGAAAGCAAAAGAAGUGCUGUCCUUGGAGAAGCUGAAUGUUGGGAAUGAAAGACAUGUUUUUGAAGCAGUUAUUAGAUGGAUCUCCCAUGACCCUGAGUUAAGAAAGGUAAAGAAUUUGAAGUUACGUAAUGCUGCUUCAGAAAAAAUAAUCAGCACUUCAUUGUACUUGGGUGCUUCAAAUUGCAAUGCAUUGUGGGAUUUGGGUCCAUAUUGUAGACUAUUGAUGUUACCAGCAUCAUUCUGUCUGUACCCAGACAUUCUGCACUAAGAAAAGCUGAAUUCUGCAGCAUAUAUAGAUUAAUCUGGCCAAAGAACUUUACAUGUUUUGUUUACAUUAAUUUCCUUAAUUCAUUCUACAUUUUACUAAUUUGUAUAAUUCUAGCAAUGCCUAGUCAUAGAGAGGAGCAAGUUGCUGCAUAGUGGACUCCUGUCCUGCCCCAACUAUUCAGCUGCCCCUUGAGAUUCUGAGAUGUAGGAGGGUUUUCUUCACUCACUUUCUAGCCUAUUUUCUCAGCCGUAAGGACUAUGAACUUGUUUUAAAAUGAAAAAUUAGAUUAAAGUAAGCUGAUUUGUGCACCUAGUGCCAUAUUAUGUGCUUCUGCAGAAUUGCAAAAUAGAGACAGCCCUCCAUAUUACCAAAAUAAUGCAUAUGCUGUAGCAUUUUUCGUGUCAGUGCUUCCUCUUCCAAGUCAGUAUAUCCUGGUAUUGUAUAAGCAGGAAUUCUGAGAAAUAAGCUUUCCAUAAAGCCAUAUGCUCCUGUGACUGUUUUAUGAUUCAGCUUGUGUGUUUGCCUGAAAUAUCUUUCUGCCUCUUCAGGUUCACAUGAAGGAUGUAAUGUCAGCUGUGUGGGUAUCUGGGCUAGAUGCUACCUACUUGCGUGAGCAAAUGAUGAAUGACCCACUGGUACGGGAGAUUGUCAAAGAAUGUAGCAACAUUCCACUCACUCCGCCACAGCAGGGGGAGGCAAUGCUAGCAUCUUUUAAACCCAGAGGAUACUCAGAGUGCAUUGUCACUGUUGGUGGUGAAGAAAGAGUGUAAGUGGCUCAGGCAUGCAUGCUGUUUCAGAUCUCAGAAGUGGAUGGGGGUUGGAGAGGGAUGAUACUCGAGUAAGCGCCCUAUUGUUGGUUAUAUUUGAGAUUAAGCUGCAAAACUACAUUGUGCUUUAUUUUUUCUUGUAUGCCUUAUAACUAUGGGUUGUAUCCAAAGAUACCCUUCCAUUUGUGGGAGGUUUCUUCUGUUCACCAAAAGGGCAGUUUUGCGUUUGGACCAAGGUGCUGCACAAGGAAAAUAAAUAAACCAAUUCCAGAUAUGUUCUUCUGUUGUGCCACCUCUUGCACAAGUGGAAGCAUGAAAACUACUCUAAAGCCUACCUCCUACAGUGCCAUGUGCACUCUUACGCAAGUUAAUGUGCAAAUGUUUGUACAACAGGGCUAGCAGCUAUUAUCCUUCUGUCCACUGUUCCUUGAAUCCUGCCCAUUAGCAGUGUUACCAGUGCAAGGAAACAGGCAUUUUUCUUCUGAAGCAAAGGUUUAUGUGCCUUUGACAUGCAUACUACACAUACUACCAUUUAAUUGUUUAUAACAUCCAUUCAACAUGAGGAACUUGUAAACUGGCCAAAGACAGAGGUAUGUGAGCUGAAAAACAUGGAAGGUGACUGACUUAUUCAGAGUUCAUUUAUUUGUACAAAUUAUUGUCUAAGUCACCAAUGUGUGAAGUCCUGUGGAAAACCACCUCCUCAAAACAUAAGAGGGAACAAAUCACGGUUUAUUUCUAUAGGAAUACUGCAUAACCCAUAUCUCACCAUGCUGGAGUCCCAGAUAACCUUGCAAGCAUGUCUACAAAAACUGCCUGCUCACUGUACUUGUAUGUAAAUUAGCCUAAAAGAGAGAAGGAAAAUGUGCAGCUUCUGUGACUUGUUGCUUAGAGGCAUUUGUCACUCAACACAAGUGGCUAGACAAGUGGUCUCUACAAGCCUGGUCUAAACACACGUGCUUGGCAGAAUAGAAAUGCCAGGCCAUAACAUCUAGCUCAAUAUUGUCUGGCAGUGGUUCUCCAGGGUUUCUGACUGCGGACAUUCCCAGCCAGGCCUGGAAGCGCCAAGGAUUGAAUUUGCAACAUCUGCGUGCAACCUAUGUGCUUUACCAUUGAGCACUAGAGCCUUUCUCCUGACUUGCCUGACCUAUUGUGCCACCCUCCUGCCACACACACAAAAAGGAUUUAAGUCUCAAACAAAAGUCAGUAUAAAGCAUACAAACAGAAUGGAUGCUUCUACACUGAAGUAGAAACCCCAUCACCUCUGCAUUGUUGGGUUCUAAUCAAGAUUUGCUGUAUGGGCAAGGUUGCUGAGCUAAUUUAUCCUUUUUCUCCUGUUCAGAUCCCGGAAACCAUCAGCAGUAAUGAGGUGUAUGUGCCCUCUUUAUGAUCCUAACAGACAGCUAUGGAUAGAACUGGCUCCUUUAAGUACACCUAGGAUAAAUCAUGGUGUGCUUUCAGCAGGUAGGAAAGUUAUUUGUUUCUUUAGUAGGAGAAUACAAGGCUAAAUCUGUUAACUCAGGGGUCAGCAAACUUUUUCAGUCCGGGGCCAAUCCACUGUCCCUCAGAUCUUGUGGGGGGCCAGACUAUAUUUUUUGGGGAGAAAUGAACAAAUUCCUAUUCCUCACAAAUAACCCAGAGAUGCAUUUUAAAUAAAAGUACACAUUCUACUCAUGUAAAAACACACUGAUUCCUGAACCAUCCGCGGGCUGGAUUUAGAAGACGACUGGGCCGAAUCUGGCCCCCGGGCCUUAGUUUGCCUACCGAUGUGUUAACUGUUUUCAAAGCCAAUAUUGUUUGUUUGUUUGUUUGUUUGUUUGUUUUGCUUCUUUGAUCACAGCCAUGCAGAAUAUUAACCUGUGAAAUACUCAAGAAGUAUUUUGGAGGACAACCAAAGGGUGGAGACUCAAGAGUCAAGAUUGGCGACAUAUUUGGUAGAUCCUACAUCUAUCGUUUGUCCCCCCUGCCCCCAAAGCUCAGGGAACUUUCCAUGAGAGACAAAGUGUCACCACCAAAAUAUAACAUUGGCAAAACAACAACCACAACAUAUGUGUAUCAACUUAUUUGGAACUUCCCCAUAUAGUAUAUACUGUAUACAAAUAAAAUAAAAUUCGACAAACUUGGCAAUAGGAAAACUACACUCAUUCCAGACUUUCUGUGUUGCAUCACAUAUUCAAGCAUCAAUAGAUUUUGUAAGAAAGAAUUUAAUCAGUUUAAAAUUGGUAUCAAAACCCAUGGCUUUGAAGUAUUCUUAUAAGCUUUGAAAUGCUGUUCAGUAUCUAGUAGAAACUUCUUAAACAUGUUCUUACAAGAACGUCCUGCUUUAAAACAACUGGAAUCUUGCUCUGUGUUAUCUCCUAAAUGAAAGAAUAAAACUGUUCCCAGUAUAACACUUUUAUUUUUAUAUGUUCAUUGGAAUAUAAUUGCCACAAACUAGUGUUCUAGAAUAAAUAAAACAUCAAGCCGUCUUUCACCUGUUGCAAUACAUAUACUAUAAGGUAUAAAAACUAAGCAGCAAAAAGAAAGAAAUAUCAACACUGAUUUGGACCUGUAACUGCCCUCAUUCUGGAUACCUGAUAAAAGAUCAUGAUGGUCAUUUGUGAUUAUGGCUUCCUGGAACCUCCAUGUUCCAAGGCAGUAGGAAUACUCAUUGGUGGGAAUCAACCACGGAAGAGGGCUUUGGCCUUCCAUGUCCUGCUUGUCGGCAUCUGUGCGUGAUAGACCUCUGGUCUGAUCCAGCUAGGCUCCUAGUUCUCAUUAAUACCAGCUAGAUGUGCCACCAGUGCAACUUGCAUUUCCAAAUCAUUUUGUGGUCUGUUUUUCAGAAGGGUUCCUGUUUGUACUUGGAGGUCAGGAUGAAGAUAAAGUCACUUUAAACUCUGGAGAAAAGUAUGAUCCAGAUACCAAUUCAUGGAGUUCUUUACCACCAAUGAAUGAGGCAAGUCUGCCUUUUUAUUAGCCGUCGCCCCCACCCACCCCAAUUUCUGCAGUUUUGUUCUGAUCAGAUCUUUGGAUAUCCAUUUAUGUUGGUUAACAAAAGCUAGGAUAGUUAUUUCUGUUAAAUUCUUCAGUUUCUUUUGUAAGUGAAUUUAAUAAAUGCUACUCUACUUAUUUCCAAUAGGCACGGCACAACUUUGGCUUGGUAGAGAUUGAUGGAGUGCUAUAUGUUCUGGGAGGCGAGGAUGGAGAACGGGAACUCAUGUCUAUGGAGUCCUAUGACAUUUAUAAUAGGACUUGGACGAAGCAACCGGACUUGACAAUGAUUAGAAAGGUAGGAACUAAGCAAAAACAGGAUGCUAUUUUUCAAACUGUUUCUAAACUGCUGCAUUUGGUUUAAUGUUGCUUGGCUUCUGAGCUGCUCAUUUCUACACUUCUUUCUCGUGUUCCGAAGUUCAGAAAGGUGGCUAAAUCUCAAGCUGAUACAGAGCAAGGUUGAAUUCCAGAAGAGCAAUCUUGAGCCAGAUAAUGGCUCAAAACACUUACCUCAUCAACUGUUGUAUUUUCUGUUUAAAUUGCAUUAGGAACGGUAAACUUAUUAUCUGUUAGUUAAUGUGUGAGAGCACUCCUUCCCCCCAGAAGUAUUUUGAUUUUAAAGGGCUUGUGCUUCACUUUAUUUGUUUUCUUAUUAUUAUUACUGUCUGACAUAUACAUUAACCAAAUGACAAAUGGUGCAUGAUAGCUUUGGAUUUUGCUUUUUUAAGAUUGGUUGCUAUGCGGCUAUGAAAAAGAAGAUCUAUGCAAUGGGCGGGGGUUCGUAUGGCAAGCUUUUUGAGUCCGUUGAAUGUUACGACCCAAGGAUCCAGCAGUGGACAGCUAUCUGUCCGCUAAAAGAGAGGAGGUUAGUAAAUUACUAGUAACACGUAUCAUUGCCUUAAUCCUGCAUACCAUCCAGUGCUCCACAGGUGAAAAUAGAGGCACAUAUAUGUGUUUAUAAACCACCCUUAUUUCUUGCAGCAAGGAUCGUUUCCUGAGAUGUUACAUCUCCCCAAUUGCUGAAGGCUCCUCCUCUUUACAUGGUCUACAUAAGUGACCACAGUUAUUGUUGUUGAUGUUGUUAUUAAUUUAAAUUUAUAUGCUGUCCUUCAUCAAAAGACUAGAGGGUAGUUUACAACAUGGAAUGCAAAUGAAAGUACAUAACAUGAUAGCUAUACAAUGUGAAAAUCAAAACAAUUAUAGAAAUUAUGAUAAUAAGAAAUAUGUAAUAAAAUACAGAUUCUCAUAACAGCAACAUCAUAAGAACGAAUGGAUUUCAGAGUGUAAGCUGCAACUCAAAACACUGUCUAUUGAUAGGCAGUUAUGGUUGUAGAUUUUGUCUGGGAUGUUGUCUUUAGUUUGUGCAGUUGAUUGUUCCCUUUUUUGGAAAACUGAAUUGCAUUUUUGUAAAUAAUUCUGCUACCAAGGGAGGAACUUGUUAGGUCUCAGGAGUUAUGGUAGGUUUCAGUGGAUAUGAGAUUCAUAGACAGAUGAACAAUGGGGAUGGCAAGGCAGCUUAGAAACAAAUACAGUGGUACCUCAGGUUACAUACGCUUCAGGUUACAUAUGCUUCAGGUUACAGACUCCGCUAACCCAGAAAUAGUGCUUCAGCUUAAGAACUUUGCUUCAGGAUGAGAACAGAAAUUGUGCUCGGCGGCACGGCGGCAGCAGGAGGCCCCAUUAGCUAAAGUGGUUCUUCAGGUUAAGAACAGUUUCAGGUUAAGUACGGACCUCCGGAACGAAUUAAGUACUUAACCUGAGGUACCACUGUAGUUACACUUUUCUAAACAAUCAAUAAACUUAUAAGAUUAAAAUAAUGGUGACGAGCAAGUGUGAAAGGCUUGUCAGCUCAGGUAGCUGAUGUUGUGGCUUUUACAUGUGUGUGAUACUGAGAUCAUACUGUCCUCUUUGGUUUUCAUGCCUUCACCUAUACAGCAUGUAUUACAGUGGUACCUCGGGUUACGAACUUAAUUCGUUCCGGAGGUCCAUUCUUAACCCAAAACUGUUCUUAAACUGAGGUGCGUUUUCGCUAGUGGGGCCUCCCGCUGCCGCCGCCGUGCAAUUUCCGUUCUUAACCUGGGGCAAAGUUUGUAACCCAAGGUACUACUUCCGGGUUAGUGAAGUUUGUAACCUGAGGUGUUUGUAACCUGAGGUACCACUGUAUUUUCCUUGACUUCAUGAGUGAUGGGGUCUCUCUUUUUUAUAGCAUAUAUCUCAUUACAUUAGGCCAUAGUUUGUUUGUUUUAAAUCACUCCAAAUGUUAGUAGCUCUGUCAAAUUCUGCUUAAUGUCAAGAGAGCAGGAAUUCUGAGGUAACCUGGACACCCAAGAUUCCUCUUACAUCUUUUUUUUUUUAAGGUUUGGGGCUGUGGCCUGUGGAGUUGCUUCAGAACUCUAUGUCUUUGGUGGAGUGAGAAGUCGUGAUGACAAUCAAUCCAGUGAGAUGGUGACGUGUAAAUCAGAAUUCUAUCACGAUGAAUUUAAAAGGUAACAACUGCUAAGAUAGCUCACUAACAUGAUCUUACAGCCUCUAAAAUAGCUGUUGACCUUUUUAUCACUCACAGUUUAAUUGAAUAGUUGUAAUGCAACUGCAUAUGUGGAGGUGCCCUGUAGAGGCUGUCUUUUUCUGAGUCUAGCCCAGCGCAGUCUGCUCUGAUUGAGAGUUUAUAGAGGUGCUGCCAGACUGAUAUAUUUUCCAACGCUAAGUGUAACCUGAUAUUAUUUAGCCUGAAAUUCCAGCCAGGGACAGUCUGCAUGCAGUACAUGGGCUCCAUUGCUGAGUUAUGGUCUCUCCCCUUUGGGGGAAAAAAAUAAAAUAUAUGCCCUGUUGCAUGAGUAAAUCUAACCCCUGGCAUUUUUUCCAGAUAGAAUAAUAGAUUUAUUUUUAUGAAGUAUUAGUGUAUGCCAGCCUUGUUUGGUUUUUCAUUUAAAUCUUAACUUGACCUGUAAGCUGCGUCUGCAUAGUUUUCAUGAGAACUGGCUCAAAGUUCUUGCUUCUGUGGGUUAUGCCUGAAAUAAUAAGCAAGACUGAAUACUUAACAGUGGUGCCAUACUAAUUGUGUAAUGUUAAUCUUCCUGUUCUGGGAGCAUGUCUGCAUUCAAUAAAUCUUUCUAGACAUGUGGUUCCACUUGUUUACAUCUGUUAACCAGAAGAUUAGGCCAGUGGAAGUGAUAAUAUUCCAGCUGAACUAUUUAAAAUUUUAAAAGAUGAUGCUGUUAAGGUGCUACACUCAAUAUGCCAGCAAAUUUGGAAAACUCAGCAGUGGCCAGAGGAUUGGAGAAGAUCAGUCUACAUCCCAAUCCCAAAGAAGGGCAGUGCCAAAGAAUGCUCCAACUACCGCACAAUUGCACUCAUUACACACGCUAGCAAGGUUACGCUUAAAAUUCUACAAGGCAGGCUUAAGCAGUAUGUGGACCGAGAACUCCCAGAAGUGCAAGCUGGAUUUAGAAGAGGCAGAGGAACCAGAGACCAAAUUGCAAACAUGCGCUGGAUUAUGGAGAAAGCUAGAGAGUUCCAGAAAGACAUCUACUUCUGCUUCAUUGACUAUGCAAAAGCCUUUGACUGUGUCGACCACAGCAAACUAUGGCAAGUUCUUAAAGAAAUGGGAGUGCCUGAUCACCUCAUCUGUCUCCUGAGAAACCUCUAUGUGGGACAAGAAGCUACAGUUAGAACUGGAUAUGGAACAACUGACUGGUUCAAAAUUGGGAAAGGAGUAUGGCAAGGCUGUAUAUUGUCCCCCUGCUUAUUUAACUUAUAUGCAGAAUUCAUCAUGCGAAAGGCUGGGCUGGAUGAAUCCCAAGCCGGAAUUAAGAUCGCUGGAAGAAAUAUCAACAACCUCAGAUAUGCAGAUGAUACAACCUUGAUGGCAGAAAGUGAGGAGGAAUUAAAGAACCUUUCAAUGAGGGUGAAAGAGGAGAGCGCAAAAUAUGGUCUGAAGCUCAACAUCAAAAACGAAGAUCAUGGCCACUGGUCCCAUCACCUCCUGGCAAAUAGAAGGGGAAGAAAUGGAGGCAGUGAGAGAUUUUACUUUCUUGGGCUCCUUGAUCACUGCAGAUGGCGACAGCAGUCAUGAAAUUAAAAGACGCCUGCUCCUUGGGAGAAAGGCGAUGGCAAACCUAGACACCAUCUUAAAAAGCAGAGACAUCACCUUGCCAACAGAGGUCCGUAUUGUUAAAGCUAUGGUUUUCCCAGUAGUGAUGUAUGGAAGUGAGAGCUGGACCAUAAAGAUGGCUGAUCGCCGAAGAAUUGAUGCUUUUGAACUAUGGUGCUGGAGGAGACUCUUGAGAGUCCCAUGGACUGCAAGAAGAUCAAACAUAUCCAUUCUGAAGGAAAUCAGCCCUGAGUGCUCACUGGAAGGACAGAUCCUGAAGCUGAGGCUUCAGUACUUUGGCCACCUCAUGGGAAGAGAAGACUCCCUGGAAAAGACCCUGAUGUUGGGAAAGAUUGAGGGCACAAGAAGAAGGGGACGACAGAGGACGAGAUGGUUGGACAGUGUUCUCAAAGCUACAAACAUGAGUCUGAUCAAACUGCGGGAGGCAGUGGAAGACAGAAGUGCCUGGCGUGCUCUGGUCCAUGGGGUCACGAAGAGUCGGACACGACUAAACGACUAAACAACAACCAGAAGAUGGUGCUAUUUUACAAGGAUGGACUGUUUUUUCGACCUCUCUCUCUCUUUUCUCUUGUUAUAACUGUGUGCCAGACAGCCAUUUUUGUGUCCCUGCUUUCUUCCUGUACUGGGACUGCAAGCUGCUCUUUUGUUCGUGCACAUCUUUAAAGUUACUCAAGCAGCUCUGUGCUCUUAAACACAUGCCAACAAACUUGCUGGAGUGAAUAGAGCAGAGGAGGAAGAGUGGCUCAACAGUGAGGAUUAGAGACAUUGCAAGAAAUUAAUGAAUACAAAUAUUUGAACCCUAUAUUUAGAUUUUGAGUUGCUGGUCAGCCUAGCACAGCAUUGUCUGCUCUGACAGGUGGCAGCUCUCAGAUGGAGUUGUCAUACCACCUGAAAUCCUUUCAUUUGAAGAUGAGAUUGCGCCUAGGACCUUCAGAAUCCACUGAGUAAUGAAGCCUCCCAUCAUGUAAAGGUUGACGCCUGUUAGAUAAGAUGCUAAUAUUUGCACUAAAAAAAUGGAGCACUGACAAGGGCAGGACACAGGAAACAGUGUAGAUUUCAGGUACUAAUUGUACAAAAGACAGCUUGUAUGGACAUUUUGACAUCCACCUUCUUUAUCCACGAAAAGGAUUCUGGUAUGCAUUCAAGACCCAACCUAGAUGAAUAGGGAGGUAGGCCUCGAGGUGUAACACAACAUCAGGUUAGAAAUCCUAUUCUUAAGAUAUCCACGGACUUUCAUUCAUUAUUUUUGCCCUAGGUGAGUAAAUUGUGAGGCGAAUAUCUUUGGCAUCUGUGUGUCUCUUGGUUGCAAAAAGCCCUCUACAAAUUAUACUUUAAAGGUUGCCCUUUCUUGCAGGUGGAUCUACUUGAAUGAUCAGAACUUAUGCAUCCCAGCCAGUUCUUCGUUUGUGUAUGGAGCUGUGCCCAUUGGGGCUAGUAUCUAUGUGAUUGGGGAUCUUGAUACAGGUUAGAGUCUAAACAAUAUAUCUUGUGUUUUUUUCCUUUAUUGUAUGUAUUUGUUUCUCAGAGGACAUACUGUAAGGCAGAGGUAGCUAAUGUGCUCCUCAAGAGUUUUGCUACUUACAUUUUUGGAGUACUGAUAGUAUGAAACUCUUUGGUGAUUCCAUGUUUAAUUCUUUAGUUCUUUUGUAGCUUGUUCCACUUGCUUAAAAUUAAAUCCCACACUUAAAAUAUAUAAGGCAGAUUAGGGGAGGAGACUUCAUUCAUCACCUUUCUAUCUGAGUGCCUUUUGGAGAGCAACCAUGCUAAGUGUUUCACUUUAAUGAACAUUGUUGAUGUGAAAUUAUAGCUGGGAAAGCAAAUUAUCUUGUUUUCACUUAUUUAAAAUAAGUAUAACCUAGUUUUCUUUCUUUCUAUUCUAUCAUGCAUUUUGUUCUAAUAAGCUUGACUUGUUCAACCAAACUGAGGGUAAUUCGCUUUUGCCACCGAUCCCUGUCUCUUUGAAAAAAGUAGCCAUGUUAGUUCACUUCAGUAAAAAUGACCAUUCUGUGACAUCUUAAGUAAUUUGUUAUGUAAUUUGUCACUUGCAGUUCACAAAAGACUCAUGUGAUAAAGUUGACUCUGGUCAAUGAAAACUCAUUGCACAAUAAUGCGUAUUCUGGGAUUUCAAAGCACCAUGUACUGCUUGAAUUGCAUUUAUCUGCCUUGUUCAUUUAUCUGUUUUGGCCAAGGCCUUUUUUUGUAUAUUCAGAGCAGUUAAUCUUGCCAAAGGAUUAGGAUAUCGGCAUUCUCUCAUCAGCUUGGCAAGUGAGUCAACAUAGGCUCCAAAAACCAUCUGUUGGUCAUGUUCAGCCUUUACUCAUCCAUCCAGUGUUUUCCUCACGUCUUUAAAAACAGUCACUGAAAACUAGGACAUAAAAGGAAAUUUUGAAGCCUUCUGCAGUAUCACUGCUAAACCACUUGUCUGGCUUCUUCCCAAAAGACAAGCCCAAAUGUCAUCUCAAGAGCCAAAGGUGUCCAUUAAUGCUGCAUUUGUUGCAUCUUAGCCUUUUAGCAUUUUGCUAUAAAACCUUUUCAGACCUGUGCUAUACAAACUUGAAGGGGGAGGGGUUUUUCUUUGGAUUUAAAUAGUUUAUAUGUUGCUAGCUCCUGUUCUUAAAUGGUCCAUCAUUGAAAUACCACAUUCUGUAUUCUCAAAUAACAUUUUACAACUAACAACUAUCUCUUUCUUGGUAUGUUUAGGGCACAGCAAAUAGGGGAGGGGGUUGGGUAAAAAAUGUCAGAAAUAAAUAUAUCCUUAAUCUGCAUAUUUGCAAUAGAGCCUUCCCAUAUAAUAAGAGUGUGAGAUGCAAAAUGCAUUUGUUUUUCAACUUGGUAUUGCUUUGCAUUUUUUUAAAGUGAGGGAAACCCAGUUUGGCAACAGGUUUCCAUUUCGAAUUCCACUGAUGCUAUUGAGUAAAUCUUUUCCCAUAUGCUGUUUAAAUCCCAAAGCUAAAAAUAUAUUUCCUAAUAGGUACCAAUUACGAUUAUGUUCGAGAAUUUAAAAGAAGCACUGGAACUUGGCACCAUACUAAGCCACUCUUUCCAUCGGAUCUUCGCCGUACUGGAUGUGCAGCUUUGCGUAUAGCAAACUGCAAGCUUUUCCGGCUCCAGCUCCAGCAAGGAUUGUUCCGCAUCCGUGUUCCUUCUCCUUGAGAGAACUUCAGAAAACAGAGGAGAUGGGAAUAAUUUGAGAGGCACUCCACCAUAACAAUAUAUCUUUAUAUAGAGGAGAAACAAACAUCUUGCGGCAGAAACUUAAACUGUAUGCUCGGCUUUGGUAUGGUAUCUGUCCUGUUUUUUUAACUGCUUAAAUGCUUAAGCCUCAGCAUUUGCUUUGGGGCAAGUCAUUGUACAUUGAGAAACAUGGUUGAGGAGGUAUCUUAAGUUCAGUUUAUCUAAAGAUACUAAACCAUGCUAUUGAAGCAGUUCCUUUGCUUCAAACCAGGAGGAGUGGAUUAAAAAAAUGAAACCUAUUGAAAUUGGGACGGUGGGGGAAUCAGUAAGGGACAUUUUCAUCAAGGAGAAUUGUUACAUUGAUAACACAGGAAAUCCUGUAUGAAAACCGAUUUCACUAGUAUGCCAAAAGAGACUGUUAACUCUACUGUGGAGAAAGAUGGGCAGUUGCACCUUUUACUUCAAGGCCUUCCUGACAAUUUAAGGCCUGUGCCUGAAAGGAUAGAAUUGUACAUAUGUCACUUUUCAGUGUGUUUUCACUCCUAAUAAUCUUUUUAAAAACAUACCAGUAUGUUUAAAAUGGACUAAACUGAGCUAAAGAUUUCAGUACAGUAGAGAACUGAGAGUGACACAGAUUCUUUUGUAAAUCUUGUGUACGUCAAAUGAUCUAAAAUGGUGUGUCAUAUGUGGACCAGCACAAAGCCACAUGCUGCAGUAACCACUCACUUGAAAAACAGUAAGUGAGGUUGGGUGGGUGGGUGAAGGCUGGGUUUUCCAGAAUUGCCAUGCUAUUACUAUCAGCGAGUUUACGCAGCACACAAAUCUGAUUCUGAUUCUGAUUAUUUAUUAAAGAGAAAUACAAUGAGUAUUUUUCCAAACAACUUGAAAGUUGCUGCAGGUUUACAGGGCUGAAAACUUUAAUACCUAUACUAGUGCAAAAAGUGAGGAAUGUAAAAGACUGAUUUUUAACUUGUGGGGAGGGUGGGAGUGGAACUAUUAAACAGUAAUACAUUUCAGACUUGCUCUGGAGAAUUAUAUUGGGAUCAAAAGCUGGUGUACAAAUGACCUAUUUCUAAGAUAUAGUCUUACUACUGAGUACUGUUGAACUUUAGAGUGCAGUUAUAGUGAAGUAUUUUUUUCUGGGUUUUUUUGUAACUUUUUGCUCACAAAUAAUAAUAUUUAAUUGAUAGCAAUUUUUUGCUGGUAGAACACUGUUUACCUCACUACUGAAACUUUAUUUUGUUACUUUGUUAGUGAAACACAAUAAUUUUAAAAAAGAAGAAAUGGAAAAGGGCACAGUCUUGCACUACAACCUUUGCAAACUAUAUCCUUAUAAGAUUUAGUGCUUUACACUUUGGAAAGUUGUAGGACCUCAGCUGUGCCUGUUGCACUGCAGUGUUGCAGGGCCAGAUGUUGCUCUUGUUUACGCUACCAUAGACCCAGAGGGGUGCCUGCUGUCUUAGAAGGUAACACUGAAAGAGAAGUGACAACUAGUACCACACAACAAUGCUGUAUUAAUUCUGUUGGAAGAGACACUCCAGAAUCUAGGAAGUUUUGACAAGAGUAAGCACAUUUUAAGCCUCAUUUAGUUCAAGAGAAGAGAUUUACCACGCAAUUUUGUGCAUGUCUACUGUGAAAUAAGUCCCAUUAAGUUCAGUAGGUCUUGCUCUUCAGUAACUGUGUUUAAAAUUGCAGCCUUAAGCACAUGCUCAACAUGUCCACUGUUUGUUAGCUUGAUCAUGGCAUUCGUUCUUAAUAAGAUAGGUCAAUCAUGUCACACUUACACAAAGAGUGUAUUCUAUGCAUUUGUGCCAUUGCGGAUACAAUUCAGAAAUUGAAGUAUCAGAAUUCUGACUCUGCUCAGAGGUUACAAUCCAAAAUAACAUUUGUCUUGACUCAUGCAAGCAAUGGAACCACAACUCUGCCCCACUCCCCAAACAGUGGGAGCUGAGAGAUGCUUCUAAGUGCAUUCAUAUAAUACUAUAAACUAUUUUCUCGUCAACUUCAGAGGUUUUGCAGAAAAUCCAAUGGCUGCAAUUCUCGAGUAAGCCACCCUCUUUUACAGUCUCCCAAUUUUCCCUCUCAGCAGCAAGUGGCCAACUUACAGGGGUGCCUUGCAAGACGAAAUUAAUUCGUUCUGCGAGUUUUUUCGUCUUGUGAAUUUUUCGUCUUGCGAAGCACGGUUUCCCAUAGGAAUGCAUUGAAAAUCAAAAAAGGCUACCACACCUCAAAAACCUCAAAAAAGGCUACCACACUGCGUGCUAUGAGUUGCUCCUCGAAGUCAAGUCGCAACUGCACCUCUUCAAGAAAUGCACCCUGGGUACAGUAUUAACGGUUUUAAGAAAAAGGAAACAAACUUGCAAGACGUUUUCGUCUUGCGAAGCAAGCCCAUAGGGAAAUUUGUCUUGCGAAGCAACUC